AUGCCUACCCCUCGCAGGCGCGCUCUUUCUAUUUCGAGAGAAUUGCAACCGAACCAAUUGACGGUUGCUCAACCUCAGUCUACCUUCAUCAAUAAGCUACCUUUGGAGAUUCGACGUAUGAUCUACGAAAAGGCCCUAGGAGAACAGCCCAUACAUACGACUGUAUCAGAUGGGAAGCUCAUUGCUCGACGCUACUCCGAGGCCGUUGAAUAUCUUUACAGAGCCAACGAAUUUUUCAUCUCUACCGACUUGGAAGACUUCCCAACAGCUGGUUAUCUCUCCUACUUCUUCCAACCUCAACGCAUCGCGCAGAUCGGCAACCUCAACAUUGAAUGGGAUCUUGACCGUCAUCAGUAUUUCAAUCUCAACCUAAUGCCUGACCAUCACCGACGCGAGUGGUACAGGUCUUGGGACGGCUUAAGCAACAUGACUGGCCUUCGCCGACUACACAUCAAGUUCUACUUUUGCCUAGACCUUUGGCAGGGAUGUUAUGGCGAGUUCUGGGAGCAAAAUAACGAGGAGCUACUCCAGCCCAUCAAAAAGAUCACGGCUCCAAAAGACUUCCUCAUCACUCUUCCAAACUGGCAAUGUUCGACCAACAUUGACGUUGGUGAAUCCAGAUGCACUUUCGAACUGCCGGAGAGUGUUGACCUGGAAGGGAACGCGUCGUGA